AUGACCUCCUCUGCCCGGCCUCUGACCGACGUGGACUUCUGUUCCGGUUCUCGUAUAGAAGAGAUCAACAAACUCCUGGAGGAGCUGGAGAGGAGGGAGAGCGGCACCCUGCAUGGCAGAGAGGUCCUGCAGAGCUGCGUGCAGGCCAAGGACCUCAUCUUCUCCUUAGUGGGUCAGAUUCGUCCUCUGCCAUCUUCGAAUGCCUUCCUUCUCCUGUCUGGCGGGCUGUGUUCUGGACUUCUUGAUGUUUCCCCCACCGAUUUAGGGACUUCCUCCCCCUUCAUUUCAUAUUCCAUCUCCUACACGCUCCUAGUCCCCAUCCUCCGUCUCCCAUCCCCUGACGUCUUGUCGCAGCCUUGUCCAUGCCACUACCUCGUUCCUAGGUCCCUCUGGGAGCCUCCACCCCCAGAGCUGACUUCUGACGCUGAACAUCUCACACCACAUUCCAUUGCUCAAUGGUUCCUUCCUUCUCUCCUCUCUGCGGUCUCCAGCCUGUCCCAUUCCUUCCUUCCCCUGAUUCUGGAGAGGGCCGAGCAAUGGGGUAACUGUGCCUCCAUCCUGCUGUCGGAACCGAGUGGUCUCCUCAUUCGCUUUGAUGUUGUCCCUGUAGUAGAGGUCCAGGGUUGGCCCUCUGGGGCUCAGCAUCUAGAUGACUGGGUGAAUGAAGAUGGAAUCCCACCUAAGGUAUUCCAUCUUCUUCCUUGGGGAGCUGAGGGACAGUGGCGGGUGGGCUUCCCAGGGGUUGAGCUGUACAUGCGACGAUACAUACACCCAACACUGUCCAGGGUGCUGAGAGCCUCUAUGGCAGUGUUGGGUCCAAUACUUCAAAAGCAUGGAGGUCCAGGUCCAUAUGUAUUAUGGAUCACCCUCAUACAUGCCUGUGAGAGGCUCCCACAAGCGUUCCUGUGCCAAGGGCAGAAUGCGGCCUUAUGUUUUCUCGGCCUCCUGGAGGAGCUUUCCCUCUCCUUCCUUCGAGGAUCAUGUCCAAACCCAUUCCUGCCGGGAUGUGAUCUGCUCUUGGGCUCCACCCAGGGCCACUACCUUGCCCGGAAAGUGUCUGAGGUAAGGGCCCAACCAGUGUACUUUCUCCGUGAGGUGGUGAGGGAAGCCAAGGAGGUGGUGAGAGGGGAGAAGAUGGAGAAGGAGGAUGUUGAGGAGGAGAAGGAGGAGAGAAGUUCCAGCUGUUACCCCAGCUAGGGUAACGAAAUCCUC